UUAUACUAAGCCUAUAGAAAGUUGAGUUUUAGGAUAAGUUUGUGUUUAUUUCCUUUAUUUUGUUUUCUUUCAAAAUCUAAUUGUUGUCAUAUUUGAUUUAAUUACUUUCAGAAUCCUAAUUAUGAAUAAGAAUCUUAUUGUUGUCAUAUUUGUUUUCUUUAGGAUAAGUUUGUGUUUAUUUCCUUUAUUUUGUUUUCUUUCAAAAUGUACAUCUGCGGCAUAGGAAGGUAUAAACUGGGUAGGACGCUGGGCGAAGGGUCAUUUGUAAAAGUGAAGUUUGCAAGGAAUGUUGAGACAAAUGAGAAUGUGGCCAUCAAGAUUCUCAAUAAAGAAAAAGUUCUUAAGCACAAAAUGAUUGGCCAGAUUAAGCGCGAAAUCUCCGCCAUGAAAUUAAUUAGACACCCAAAUGUCAUCCGCAUGUAUGAGGCUAUGGCCAACAAAAUGAAGAUAUAUAUUGUUAUGGAAUUUGUUACUGGAGGUGAACUCUUUGACAAAAUUGUAAGCCAAGCUACUAAAGGCGGGCUGAAAGAAGAUGAAGCAAGAAAAUAUUUUCAGCAACUCAUCAAUGCAGUGGAUUACUGCCACAGCAGAGGUGUCGGCCAUAGAGACCUGAAGCCAGAGAAUUUGUUGCUGGCUGCCAAUGGAGUUCUUAAAGUUUCAGACUUUGGAUUGAGUGCUCUACCUCAGCAAGCUCGGGAAGAUGGGUUGCUUCACACAACAUUUGGAACACCAAGUUAUGUUGCUCCUGAGGUGAUCAACAAUAAAGGUUAUAAUGGAGCUAAGGCAGAUCUCUGGUCAUGUGGUGUUAUCCUUUUCGUCCUUAUGGCUGGCUAUCUGCCUUUCGAAGGAUCAAACCUUAUGGCAUUAUAUAAAAAGGCUUGUAAAUUGUAACGGUAGGAUUCUCAACGGCAUGAUUCCAUCAUUCUCGUCAAAAUUCUGCUUCUCAAGUAAGCAAUGACUU